UGUUAUCUUUUGAAUUAGUAUUAAGAGACAAUAUAUAUAUAAUGGGUGCUUUUAAUUUCCUUUUAUUAGUGUUUGUUUUUGGUAGUCAAGUGAUUGGUGGAUUGAAUACAAAGCUACCACCUCCUUCCUAUGGAAAUACAAUAAGUAUUCUAAGCAUCGAUGGUGGUGGUAUGAAAGGCAUUAUUCCUACUACAAUUCUCUACAAUUUGGAAAAGGCUCUUCAGAUUGUGUCAAAAGAUGAAAAAGCAGCAUUGGCAGAUUAUUUUGAUGUGAUAGCUGGGACUAGUACUGGAGGACUUGUUACUGGAAUGCUCAGUACUCCUCAUCCAGAUGACCCUUCUCGUCCUGCAUUUACUCCUCUUGAAAUUUUUAACUUCUACAUUAAAUAUGGUCCUUCUAUAUUCAAUCAAUCUUCUGCUAGUGGUUGGAACGAAAAUUCCACACGUCCGAAGUAUGAUGGUGAAUUCUUACAUAGUAAAACACGUGAGAUUUUGGGAGAAUUCAGAUUGCAUGACACAUUGACCAAUGUUGUCAUCCCAACUUACGAUAUCAAGAAAGUCCAUCCAAUUAUAUUCUCAAGCUUUAAGGUGAAGGAAGUUCCUAGCAUAGAUAUAAAGUUGUCGGAAAUAAUCCUUGGGACUUCAGCUGCACCAAUUCAACUACCACCCAUUUACUUUAAGGAUGGUCCUAAUGAAUUCAAUUUGGUUGAUGGUGGUGUGGUUGCAGCUAGUCCGGCAUUUGUUGCAGUGAGUGAAGUAAUACAACAAUUGGAGGAGAAGAAUGUUGAUUUCAUUCCUAUGAAGGCAAAUGAACCAACCAAAAUAGUGUUGUUGUCAUUAGGAUGUGGGUCAACAAAGGUUGAAGGGGUUGAUGCUAGAAUUGCACAAUUUUUCCCAUCAACAAUUUGGGCAAAACUUUUAUUUUUAGGUCUUGCUGGUUCUGCUGGAGACAUGAAUCAAUAUUACCUUUCAUCAAUAUUUCCAGACUCUUCAGACAAUUACUAUCUUCGAAUUGAGGAGUAUAACUUGGAUCCAUCCAUUCUUUCUGAUGAUGCAGGCGAAGAAAACUUGGAAAAACUUGUAAAUGUUGGAGAAAACUUGUUGGAACAAAUUGUUAAGAAAGUUAAUACAACUUCUUUUGUCCCAUACGAAGAACCAAAUGAGGGUACAAAUGCUGAGGCUCUUAAAAGGUUGGCUGAGAUCUUGUACACAGAGAAACAGCUGCGUUUGAAAAUGAAAUCGAUGGAAAAAAGGGGAAGACCAUUUAUUGAAGCUAUUACUUCUCCAAUGAAAUAAAUGACAAAUGCAUGUAUGUUGCAAGUUAUCUCUAUGCAUGGUGGGAAAUAAAUAAAUAAAUAAAUAAAUAAAUAAAUAAUGCAUGUGUGUUUUUAAUUAAUGUACUUUGAUCUUUGUCAUGGUCUUGUUAAUUGUGUGGGUGUGGUGUUGUGUUUCUAAAAUAAGGACAACGAUUGUACUACAUUUUGUGUUGUUAGUAAUACUUGCUUAUAAAAUAUAAAUUGGAUAUUUCCUUUA